AUGUCGUCGACGCCCGACCCGUCCUUCACCAUCGCCAUUAUCUGCGCGGGCAUCGCGGGCCUCGCGCUCGCCAUCGGCCUCCGCAAGCAAAAUGCCGCGUGCAAAUACACGAUCUACGAGGCCGCGCCGCAGUUCCAUGCCGUGGGCGCCGGUAUCGGGAUGGGCCCCAACGCUCUGCGCGCGAUGGAGCUCAUGGACGCCGGCUUUGCGGAAAUGGGCAGACGCGGGUGUGUUUUGGCGUUUUCGGGCGGGGAGGCUUGUGUGAUGGGUGACGCUGUGGUGGGCUGUGAUGGGAUUAAGGGGGUUACAAGGCGCGUGGUGCUGGAGAUGGAGUAUCCGGAGGAAAUUGUUGCGAAGUACUGUCAUCCUUAUUUCUACAGGAACAUCGUGCCGAUGCAGGAAGCUAAACUAAUACUGGGCUCGUAUGCAGACAAUGCAAAGUGGUUCAUGGGCGAGGGGCGGAGAUGUGUAAUGUAUGCCAUCUCCAAGGGAGAAGAGGUGAAUGUGGUUGUUUUCAUCCGGGAUGAGCGGCCCUGGGUAGGGGAGCAGGCGGCGAUGCGGGUUUCAAGGGAAGAUAUGCUUUCCGACUUCAAUGGCUUUGAUAAACGGCUAUUAGACCAGUUAGACGUAAGGCUGGGCGUCUUCUUCUUCUUUUUUUUUUUUACUGUCCAUAUAUAUGAACAAAGCACAAAACCUCUCCGAUGGCCCCUAUUCCACCAUCCCGAUAUCUUAACGUAUUACCGCGGCCAUGUCUGCGUCCUCGGGGAUUCAGCCCACGCUUCCAGUCCCAGCCAGGCGGCCGGCGCCGGGCUAGGGCUGGAGGAUGCGUUGGUCAUGUCCGGGCUUCUCGGCCUAGUCAAGAAGCCGGAACAACUUGAGAGUGCCUCUGAGGUUUAUAAUUCCAUCCGUCAGCCCCGCGCGCAGGCUGUGGUUCAGGGGAGCCAGGAGGCACUCCUGGCCUAUUUCCUGGUCCACCCGGAGUUUGGCCACGACAUCCAGAAACUCACAGACUAUGCAAACACAAGGCUGCCAUUGAUCAGGUUCCAUGACUUGGAGGGUGAUGUGAAGACGGCGGGGCAGCGGUUUCGGGAGCUGACUGAAGCAGCUCAGCCAGACAAUCGAGAACAAUAG